AUGAGUAGUCUAAAAAAAGGUGAGAAGGUAGAAGUUUUCCGUGAUGAAGAAGGUUUUAGUGGAGUCUGGUUCUUAGCAACUAUUGUAAGGAAGGUUGGAGCAAAUUUUGUUGUUGAAUUCAAGGAUUUGAUGUCUGAUGAUGGGAAAUCAAAACUGAAUGAGACUGUGGAGGCUCGUCAGAUAAGGCCUCAGCCACCUAAUCUCAAUAGACAGCACUUUGAGCUUCAUGAAAAAGUUGAUGCAUAUGACCGAGAUGGGUGGUGGGAAGGAAUUAUAGACAAUGUCUUAGCAGACAACAAUUAUGUUGUUUAUUUCCCCCAGAUUCUGCAGAAAUCAGAGUACCAUAUAUCUCAUCUCCGUCUUCACCUGGAGUGGGUCCAUGGCAAAUGCCUUCAGCCUUCAGAGACCCAGGGAUUAAAUCAGUUGCAUCCAAUGCCUCUCCAAUCAUAUCAUGAAAAUGUGCAAUGCAUGUCUUCAAGUCCAGAAAAAAGAUCUACUAGAGCCAAAAACAUGUCUUUGAAACCAGAUAAAAGAUCUAGCAGAGUCAAAACCAUAUCUUUGAAACCAGAGAGAAGAUCUACCAGAGCCAAUAAAAGGCAAGGCGAAGCCAAUGAUUGUGGACUCUCACUAGAAGAUAAGGCAGGUGCUCAAUGCAGUUCCUUUCAAAAUCCAGUGAACAAGCUAACUAAAAAGUCAGCAGAAAGAAAGAGUGGAAAUAAUGUUCCCUUUGACAAUGGUUCUUCUGACAAAGGGAAAAUGGAUACAGGGGGAACAGAAUUAAAAGUUAAUCCUGAAAUGCCUAACAUUCUUAAUAUGAGAAGAGAAGUUCAAGAAGCAACAGGCUCCCAUUCUAAACAUGAGACCAAAUUUCCAAUGACUAUUCCUUGUCUUGAGUUUGUUGGGGAAGCCAUUGUUGGUUAUCCAGAUAAUGUCUGUGAGAUACACACAAAAGCAAGUUUGAAACAGAUAGAGAAGCUUGCUUAUCGUUCAUCACUCAUGGCAUUGUAUCUUCAAGGAGUUCAUACAUGGAAAAGAGAAAUGCUCCUUACAGAGCUCAGGCAGGUCCUACAUAUUACUACUGAGGAGCAUGCGAAUGUACUUACUCACAUAACCUCUGGUCAAUAUGACUGA